GCGUGCGUUUAGAAUAGUACAGAGAAGCCAGGCCGCCCGCAGUUGCUUGGAGGCAGACGGACCGGCUCGCAGCACAAGACUUACUUACGAGCAGGCCGCGCGCGCAAAUUGGCAUGAGCGACCGACACUAGAAAAUUUUUCUCGCUGUCCUGCACCACCUGCUGAACUCUAUUACCUUUUCUCUUUUUCCGACUUGCAGAUAACCAACCAUGGCCAGCAUCGAAGACUUGCAGAAGUUGUGCAACAAGGUCGAAAGCGUGAUUGCCGCACUUGGACCUGACACGGUUACCCCGCGCCCAGCAACAGAGCCAGAUGGACCCACCGGCGUUCUGUACGAGGAUGAGGACCCAGACAUGGUGUCCACCCUGAACAUGAAGAACUCUGAACCGAGCAAUAUUCAAACUGAAAAGACCGAGUCGUCAACCACCAGCAGCAAGCCCUACCGCUUGAGAAUCAGGUGGCGAAACGUGAUUCUGCUGGGCUACUUGCACUUGGCAGCGCUCUAUGGUGUCUACUUGAUGUUUGCCUCUGCUAAACUAGCCACCGUGUUAUACACAUUCGUGCUGUACCAGAUUGGAGGUCUUGGGAUUACAGCUGGCGCUCACAGGCUCUGGGCUCACCGCGGCUACAAAGCCAAGUGGCCCUUGAGAGUGAUCCUCAUGCUCUUCAACACCCUUUCGUUCCAGAACCAUAUUUACGAGUGGGUGCGUGACCACCGUGUGCACCACAAGUACAGCGAGACCGAUGCCGACCCUCACAAUGCAAAGCGCGGUUUCUUUUUCUCGCACGUUGGCUGGCUUGUGUGCCGCAAGCACCCCAUGGUGAUCGAAAAAGGCAGAGGAAUCAGUCUCAAGGAUCUUGAAGAGGACAAAAUUGUUAUGUUCCAAAAGAAGUACUACCUGUAUUUGAUGCCAUUGAUCUGCUUCCUACUGCCCACGCUGAUCCCAGUCUAUUUGUGGAACGAAACUUGGUCAAACGCGUGGUUUGUGUCGACUCUCCUUCGUUACGCUUUCACCCUGAACGUGACAUGGAUGGUCAACAGUUUUGCACACAUGUGGGGAAACAAGCCCUACGACAAGAGCAUCAAUCCUUCUGAAAAUUACUCCGUGGCUGCUUUGGCGCUGGGUGAAGGCUGGCACAACUACCACCACGUCUUUCCCUGGGAUUACAAGACCGCUGAGCUUGGCAACUACAGACUGAAUAUCACAACGGCUUUUAUCGACUUCUUCGCGCUGAUCGGCUGGGCCUACGACUUGAAGACUGUUCCGAGUGACGUUGUCAUGAAGCGAGUGCUGCGCACUGGCGAUGGCACCCACCAACUGUGGGGCUGGGGUGAUAAGGACAUGACGGAGGAGCAGAAGGGAGCCACCAUCGAGUUGAACAAGAAGGAAAAUUGAGCCACAAAGAGAUUCUUUUGAUCCAACUUAAAAGCAUCUGGUUAUUUAUUGUAUUUAAAAAUAUGUGCAAGGAUCUUUCCUGAAUUGGAACAGAAAAUGUCUAAAAUGCUAAAUGAUGGGCCAACUAGAAUGAAUUUUGGGUCUGCUGGUUGGAUCCUUGACUGGAAACAAAAUGAAUUUAUCAAUAUGUGUAUUAAAACAUAUGAACUCAUUUUCUAAGUAAAGAAAUUAUUUGUUGAGACACCCAUGCGGGCGCACACUCGGUCAACAGGUUUUGAUGAAAUCCAAACAAGGCAACUCGAAUAAAAAUUAAUGAUCCAAUAAGAGGAAACUUGAAAAUUCAUCAAAUAAUGUAGAUAUGCUGUGAUACUUUUGUAGAUAAAUGUCAUUUUAUUUUCUGGACCGUCUCCAUCACUGCAUAUAUUAAUUUCGACAGCACUACCUUGGAAACUACUACAGUAAUCAAAAAAUAAAGACGCAACUUGUAUUUCAAUAUAUUUAGCCUCCAAA